AUGACCAAUCCAUCUCCUGGGAAGCGCCAGGCCAAAGAGAAGCGUGUCACUGCUCUUCUUUCCUUCUCUGCAACUACCCGAAGCAAACUUUCACCACUGCCGUCCGGACCUGCAUCGUUGAACCUCCAAACACAACUCUACGAACAAAUCAACGGGCUUCCCAGCAGCCUCACGUCUCUGGCCGUUUCGAAGCGCCAAGAUCUGGAUACAGAGGGCCUGACACUAUGGAACCUCGCCACACGGCUCAUGCGGGCCAAGGACUUUCCAAUCUCACCGGACCAACGGGCGACACUGCUUGCGGCGCGGGUGUUUGCCUUUCUGCUGUUGGAUGGUGGUCUAGGCAAGGGCAGCACUUCACCCGUCUGUGUUUCGCGCCUUAUGAAGGUUGCGCUCAAGGCCGCGAAGAGCUGCAUUGAGGCCAAGAGGCUUGAUUUUGCACUCAAGGUGCUGGAGAAGGCGGCUGUGUAUGAAGGCCAACUUUCCAUGCAUGAUGGCGCUGUAAAGGCAUCACCUGAGAAAGAAGAGACAUACUCUCAGCUACAAUCCGAAUACUAUGUGGUCAGAACAGCUUUGGCCUGGCGUCAGGACAAAGUUGAGGUCGCAGAGCACAUGUAUAAGAAAGCAGCUCUAUCCGACAAAGUCCUCGACCCCGAUACCGCCGAAGACCUAGCAGAUCUUCUCUACGAAAUGGGGCGAGAUCUCUUCAAAAAGAAGCAAUAUGAGUUGGCGGAUAAGUGGUUGGAGCGAGCUUCGAGCAUCAUCACGGCACAGGAGAUAGAUAAGCUGAGUACCGACGCGACGAAUCUCCAGAUCAGCAUCAUACAAGCCCGUGUUCAAGCCCUUCUUGCCAUUGAGAGAGAAGAUGCACUAGAUAUGGCAAAUAGCUUGAUUAACAACCUCGAGAGCGAGGUUGGGGACAGGCUGAUCGUUCUGCUGCUAAAACUUGAGGUGCUGUCAGCGCCUGUGAGCCGGACCUUCGACUGCAGUGCAUAUGGCGACGUGAUAUACAGGAUGAUACGAACGGUCAUGUUGACAGAAGGCAAUUUCAAGCUGAUCAUGCACCAUAUUCGGAAACUGAACGACAAGGGGCCGAGUCUUGCGUGCAGUAUGCUUGACUCGUUUCUGCAGAGUCGUCUUUUCGAAGCGGGGAAUGAGGAAUGGAUCGAGAAGGCUCUCGUCAAUAGGAUAUGGAUAUCUACAAAUUCGAGGGAUUGCCCCGAGGUGUUGAAAUCCGUGGGGGAGGUCUUAGAGGCCGUCGGCUCAAAUAUGAGCAAACCCUUGAGCGCAUCGGCCACUCAUGCCGCCCAGACACUGUUGUGGAAGCGUAUUGAGUCAAAUUACAGGGAACGAAAUUACGAAGCUGCUGAAGAUUGGUGUAGGUUGGCUAUGCAGAAAGUUUUCGAACAAGCUGGAGAUUUGAACAAAGCCAAGAUUGUCAGAAAGCUCUUACUUUGCGCUCUUGGUCGGGGUGAUAUGUCCGAUGCCCGCGGAAUUAUUGGUCAGAUUCCAGAGUCAUCCAAGGAUGAUCCGAUGACUCAGUUUUUGAUGUUCAAAAUCGCAAUUCGUAGUAAUGAACUUGAAUUAGCUUCGGCGUGCCUCGAAAAGGUCUACGAGGCAGCAACGGACGACUUUACGAUGCUGUAUGCAUGCGUUAUUGACGCGCAGCAAGUUGGCGACAGGACUCUUGCCCUAGCAGGCCUCCAAUUAGUUCUGGAAAAAUACGAGUACAAUGCACCGUCGUCUGUCAAAUUUUCCGCACUGCUCAGAUGCAUGAUACGACUUAUAUUGUCGCAGCUAGAGUCGGUGGAACCAGAGAAAGACACCAACGUGUAUUUAGUAGUCGAUCAGUUAUGCAGGCUAUUUGAUGGCGGCUCCACCCACGCUCAGAGAUCGAUCAAGCAAGAGGACAAGGACAGCGGAACCAAAUUGUGGACAAUACAAGAGCUAGAUUGGUUCUCAAAGAAUGCGUACAAUCUGUCCUUAAAGUACUGCUCCCAGUGGCACCCAGAACAGGUUCUACGAAUUAUCCAGAGCUGCAUUAAAUUCGCCAGCAUAUAUCCAAAAGAUAUCGACAAUGCAACCUCGAACGAUGUGACGCACCGUCAUAUUUUCUGCGACUUUCUUGCCGUGAUACUACUAGUCUCUCUCGCUCGAGCAGAAGACAACAUCGAAGCUCAACUACAGGAUUAUCUCGAGCUUAGAAAACACGUCGAUAGCUUUGAUGCUCGCCUUCAAUCUAUUACCGACGUUCUUGAAGAAGGCCCACAACAAGACCUUCUAAAGAAACUGGCAACCCUUCUCGUGUUCGACUUAGAAGCCGCUAUCCGCCUCAAAGCCUGGGACGACCUUUCAGAAAUAAUCCUAAAAGCCGAUUGCUGCAAAAGCAUGAAAAUUUAUGAGAAUAUGUCAGAUAUGCUCCUGUCGGAACCCAGUAUUCCUGUCGCAGUCCUCAUUCCAACACUCAAGCGCAUCGUCAAUGAAGCUUGGUCCCUCGAGUCGUUCGAUAUUGCCAAACUUUCGCGGUAUAUGCGUUGCCUCUUCCGUCUUGGGCUUUCCUCCGGCGAUGGGCCACUGGCUGAGAGCCUUCUCGAUCAGGUCUCAGAGUUGGCCAGCUCGGCAGAGAACAGCGAGACGCCGUAUCCAUUGGAGGAGCUGGAGUAUGUAUCCACGACGGCAUUCAAUCGUGCGGUGGACUACUAUUGUACCGGCGAAGAUGAUGCGUGCAGGAGGUGGGCGGAAAAGGCAAUUCUUGUUGCAGGGUUCUGUGCGGAUGGAGGAGGCUUGCGGAAUCUAUUGCAAGAGAAGCUAGUCGGGCUACAAUUUGGUAGGGAGGGGGCGUGA